AUGACUGCAAACUUAUGCAAAAAAUGCAUCGUCAUCCAGUUUAAUGAUGAGCUUCUCGAGCCUCCUGUUGUGGAGGAAGUUGUGAAGCAAGAUGGGGAGUCCUCAACUUUGAGCCUGUCACCUGAGAAGUAUCAGAGUGUGUCCCUUGACUAUCAAGUUAUUGAUACCUUACCAGAGUUACCGUUAUUGAAGGAGAGCGAAAAUCUGGGCUGUACCUUUUGUUCACUCCUACGGCACGAAAUCAUCCGGGCAGGGUUUGACUACCAUGGUUCAUUGGAAAUACAACUUGAGUAUUAUUGGGGGCACAGUAGCUUUCCAACACUUGGGCUUGGAGCUUUGUUAGCAAAGCUAUACUGGCGACCCGAUAUCCCGUCUAUCCCGCCUGCUUCACCCCCACCAGAUGUUCUACGUGACUGCAUUAUAUUCGCCCUUGAGACAGAUGACACGUCUGUUGCCUCUUGGUUACGCAUUCCUCGACUUAGGAAACGAGAUGUACUCUGUGAAGAGAAUAUUCAAUUCAUGAAGGAAGCCAUCAACAAAUGCACGUCAGAGUGCUCUCACCUCGAAAAGACUGGUUUCCUUCCAACUCGUCUUCUAUAUCUCGGGCCCGACCUAGAUUCCCGCAGCAUACGGCUAAUAAACUGCCAAGAUAUAACUGAAAGUUCUUUUGACGGUAAAAGCCACCUAAAAUACGCGGCUUUAAGCUACUGCUGGGGCUCGCCAAGUGACGGGGAAAAUCAACUAUGCACCACAUCCGACAGCCUGGAGGCAAGGAUGGCCGGCAUUGGUGAAAACUCAAUGCACCCCGUUCUCCGAGAUGCAAUCAUGGUCUGUCGAGCCCUAUCGGUUCAUUAUCUAUGGGUUGAUUGCUUGUGCAUUGUACAGGACGACGUCUCUGACUGGGAGAGCGAGAGUGAAUCUAUGGCUUUUAUUUAUAGCCACGCUCUGGUCACAAUUUGCGCUUUGAGUUCAAACUCUGGAUUUGAGACAUUUUUAAAGAGAGAUCGAAGACAUGUCCCGAUCCCGUUCUCCUCUCAGAUUAACCCCAGCAUUGUUGGUCAGUACAGCCUGGUCGCGUCGGGUACUUGCCGUGAGUGGGAACUCUAUGGCUGGCCGGCAUUGGAUGUGGACCAUUCUCGAUGGAAUAGCAGAGGUUGGACUCUUCAAGAAUCCCUAAUGUCUCCAAGAAAGUUGUUCUUCGGAGAGUCGAUGAUACACUUCCAGUGCGACCACAUCUGUGCCUCUGAGACUGGAUACUACGAAGACCGUGAAUUUGACUGUGAAUCAGAUCACUAUUUGAUGGAUCUUGAGGAAUGGGACGUGAAGAUACAAUGGGAUUACGGAUGCCGAGAGUAUACCAAUGUUAGAGACACACUGCCGGGAUUGUCUGGGAUGGCCAAGUAUGUGUCGAACGCAGUGGGCGAUCGAUAUCUCGCGGGGUUGUGGGAGAGAGACCUGCCAUACGCAUUAAUGUGGUUUCCCUACUGCCACGCAAACACCGAGGAUCACGUACCUCUGAAAGAGCUCGUCGAUAGAUUAUGCUACCCGAACCCAUAUAUUGCACCAUCAUGGAGCUGCACCCGGCCACUUGGGGUAAGAGUUGAUUAUGGGUUGACAUAUGCGCGACCGCCAUUCUUUAGGAACCUAGUAUCAGCGGAAGCCUGCAUUACCGAGACACGAAUCACCCCAAAGGGAGAAAAUAUCUUUGGAGAAAUCCAAGACGGGGUGAUGCGAAUACGGGGACGCGUAGCAAAUGUGCCCGCUGACAUUGUCCCUCUUGACUGUUACCGACCGCUCCCGAAAUUAUGGCACAUUCAAGACCAAGGUCGCAUCAUCGCUUACUGCAACAUCGACUGUUUACCAAAAGAAAAGGUGGUUCCUGGAAGCGAGCUUUUAAUGUUGAUGCUCAUGAGCUCUGACGGGACUCGUUCUUGGGAAGCUCUGAUUCAACAGUUCAACCGCGAUCGCGAGUAUAGGAGCUCCCCAACUGAAGAUGAGAGUUCAAAUGAUGGAUCAUCAGUUGCUAGCUCAGAAGAACUUGAGGACAGCGACGAAGGAGAAGAGGACAGCGACAAAGGAGAAGAGGACAGCGACAAAGGAGAAGAGGACAAUGAGGGUGGCACUCUGCCUGCUCAAAUUUUUCAUGGCUAUAGAACAGAUUAUCGAAUCCCGCAUGGUAGGAACGUGUACGGUCUUCUCUUGCAUCCGGCUCGCGAACCUGGGAGAUUUGUCCGCGUGGGCGUCUGGGCGUCUGUGGCGGGAGAUGGUGUGGGAAUAAGUUAUUUCGAGCAAUUUGACAACAGAGAAGUUGAGAUAGUUUAA